CGGUGUGUCUUCAUAACUUCAGGAUUCCAGCCCAGGCUUUGUGAUGCGUCUCGCGAGAGUCACUUCUGCUGGCCGAAACCUCUCGCGAGAUUUCCGUCUAGCUGUCAUGGCUGCCGUCAGGAAGCUUCAGACUUGUGCCUCGUCUCCAGCUGGCAAACACACCGCCUCGAUCAUCUUCCUGCACGGCUCAGGUCAGGGCCGGUCCUAGCUAUGGGCAAUGUGGGCGGCCGCCCAGGGCGCAUUCUCCGUGGGGGGCGCACGAACGCCCGAAAAAGCAAAAAAACCUCGGUGACACUGGGCAGGGACUGAGAUCCUGGGUUCAAGAUGUUAUGGUGUCAGAUCUGUCCUUCGACCACAUCAGAGUUAUUUACCCCUCAGCUCCAGCGAGGCCAUACACACCCAUGCGAGGGGCUCUGUCUACUGUCUGGUUUGACCGUUACAAGAUCUCACGGGACUGCCCAGAGCACCUAGAAUCCAUAGACACCAUGUGCAGCACCUUAGGGUCCAUCAUUCAGGACGAGGUCAACACCGGGAUCCCCAAACACCGGAUGGUAAUUGGUGGAUUCUCAAUGGGCGGAGCCAUGGCCCUCCACCUGGUGUGUCGAUACCACCCUGAUGUAGCAGGUGUUUUUGCACUGUCCAGCUUUCUCAACAAGGACUCUGUUGCUUUUCAGGCAGUGGAGGAGCGGCUCAGAACAGGACUCUCCCUACCUGACUUGUUUCAAUGCCAUGGAACCAGUGAUAACCUGGUGCUGCAUCAGUGGGGAGAAGAGACAUCAGUGCUGCUGAGGAAAACUGGCAUGACCACCACCUUCCACUCCUUCCCAGGCCUGUACCACCAGUUGUCCCAGCCUGAGAUGGAACUGCUGAGAAGUUGGAUCCUCAACAAGCUUCCCCCUACCACCUCCUUCUGACUCAUUCUUAUUUUUCAGGCAGAAUUAUGUCAGACAUCUUAAAUAUUGCCAAAGUUACAUUAUUUCUGUCAUUUUAAGCUUAUGUUUAAAAUGACUGAAUGAUAAUGUCAAAUGAAAAUCACAAUGACAAAAACUUUCCUAAAGUUUUUCAUGUUUAAGACAGGUGUUAUGUCAUGGUUAUGAUGGUGUCAUGUCAGUCUUACAGUAUGCACACCCUUCAAAAUGUUUUUCCAUAUAAGGUAAAUUAUGAAUAUGUUAGAAAUCAUAGGUCCAAUACGUGAUUCCGCAGUUUUCUGUUUGAUGGCAGUAUCAAUUUUGACCAGUUUAUUUUAUAACUAGAUACUUAGAACGUCAGGUAGAUACUUCUCCAUCUUCUACAUAAAGGGAAAUAUUAUAAGAUGGCCCUUUUUAAUAUUGCAUUUUCCUGAACUACAUGGCCUCAUGGUUCCAAUGAGAAGGCAAUUUUGUGUAGUCCAUUGACAAAAUCAGGUGAACCAAGAUGCCCAGUUUGGAGUAGUAGAGACACACACAAACCAUUUUAUAGAUAUAUGUAUUCAUUAUUUUAACCAAAAAGAUAUUGACAUGUUGAAUACUUAUUUCCCCAAAUGUAAAUUAUCAAAUCAAAUCAAAUCAAUUUUAUUUGUAUAGCCCAAAGUCACAAAGUACAUUUGCCUCAGAGGGCUUUACAAUCUGUACAGGGAGUGACACCCUCAGUCUAAUCCUAUGGC